GACGCGAGCGUGGAGGGGGGCACGGGAAGGAGGGUGGUCGGGCUUCCUCGCGCAUCCCGUGCGCGUAUCCCCGUACUGAAAAUGGCCGCCAGCUGUCACUCGCCUGCGAAGUGUGGCUUGUUGUGAAGGAAACACGACGCGGAUUCGUCGCGGGACGGGCUUCUCCGAGCGCACGGGGGCGCGAUGCACUCGCGUGACGAUACGCGGCACGCUGCCUGAGAUCGCACGGGAUCGCCGCGAGUGAGAGACAGGGAGGGAGACCGAGAGAGAGAGAGAGAGAGGGAGCGAGCGAGCGACGGACGGUGGAGAGGAAAGAGAGAAAAAAAGCGGAGGAAAAAGGAGCGGGGAACGCGAGAGAGUGCGAGUGUGCGGCGCGCCAGCGACGACGGUUCCCGACGGCGUUGCCUCCGCGAGUGCGAUGAGAGCGUGGUCAGCCCGGCCGCUCGCACUGUUUACGGUUUAGGCUUCCCCGCGCCGGAGCCGAGCCGCGCGGCCGAGUUCGCGCGGAUAACGCGACCCCCGGAGCCGUGCCCGCCUCCUACAUCGCCGCUUCGAUCCGCUGGCGAUACGCGCGGUCCCGCGACCGCGGGACUGUCCUGGUACUCCUCGCCCCGCGCGCGCGCGCGCGGCUGCCGCCCUUCCCCCGUGGGAUUUCUCUCGAUUCGCUCGUCUUGCACUCCCCCUCGAGGAGAGACGGUCAAGAAAAGCAGAAUGGGUUCCAGCCAACAGUUCUCACUCAGAUGGAACAAUUAUUUGAAACACAUCACUUGUGCUUUUGACACGUUAAGAACGGACGAGGAUCUCGUGGACGUCACCCUGAGCUGCGAGGGCAAGAGGAUCAGGGCGCAUAAGAUGCUUCUGUCAGCAUGUAGUACAUACUUUAGAGAUUUAUUUAAGGAAAAUCCGUGCCAGCAUCCCGUCGUAAUAUUCCGUAAUGUAAAAUUCGACGACUUGGCCGCCUUGGUCGAUUUUAUGUACCAAGGCGAGGUGAACGUCGUUCAAGAGCAGCUAGCGAGUUUUCUCACAACGGCGGAGCUUUUGGCGGUGCAGGGCCUUACGGACGGCGGGAAGGAUGACAGUCUAGUAGAGGAUGACAUAGAAAUUCCCAACGAGCCUGAGGUUCAACUGCAGAACACCUCCGGUAAAUCCACGGGGGAUAACAAGAGGAAUAAGUCCCCGUCGUCUCCGAUGCCAUACCAUGCCGUUGAAUUGCAACCCGAAGUGCCGCCAAACAAGAGGAGAAAAAUUCGAGAAAGUACGAACGCGAACGCGGAGAAGAACUCGGCGGGGAUCAACGCGAAGGAUUGCGACGGGAAGACGUCGGAGAGUCAGACGGGGCUGGGCUCCGAUCCGGUCGAAAUAAUUCCCCUCAUGCCGAACCUGAAGCUGGAGAUGCCGGAAUACCUGGAGCAGGAUGGUAGCAGUUGUAGUUACGAAGAUCAGAGUAUAGGCGACAACACGCUGAAUAAAAUCACCAUAGACGAUACGUCGUCGACCACGCCUGAUCACGAACACAAGCCCGACAUCAGUCAAACGUUUUACUCGAGUCAGUCGACAUCGGACGGUUUGGACGGCAAACAUCAGUCAGAUGUCGGACACCUGCUAUCUAAACCAAGUACUUCGGGAGAGAGGGCAACACAGGAUGCAGUACAGGGGGGGGUGGGACGCAAUCGGAAGCACGUUGGCGAUACAACUGGUCAGGUGGUGAUGCAGGGCCCGGGGCGUUUUCCGUGCCGACUCUGCGGAAACGUUUACAGGCACCUUGCCUCGCUGACCCAGCACCUCGAAGUGCAUCGCAACCAGACUACCUGCAUCGUCUGCCACACCACUCUCAGUCGUAGAACCGACCUGCGGCGUCACAUGCGCCUGAAACACCAAAUACCCUGGCAAAAAACGAUCCACAGGCAGCGCAGCCCGAAAAGCGAAUUGGACUCGUAGAUCACAACACGCACCGCACCCUCUCUCUCUAUCUCUCCUUCUCUCUGAGAUAAUAGAUAUCGGUCGUCCUGGCGAUUCACCAUUUACUGAACGCCCGAGCGGAGCAUCGCUUCUGGGCUCCGCUCCCAGCCGCGGAUAUCUCGCGCGUUCGCCGAUGCGAGAGCUCGCUUCUCCGUACCGAUCGCAGCAUCUCUCGUCAUCUUAACACUACGUUUCUCGAAUUUCUCUGUCGCGGCCGUGGUCUUGAGUAACCCGAGCUUGAUUUAAAUUUCACUGUCCACGGCGAUAGGUGUCCGCCAACUUGUGGUUAAAGACGUUCAUUUUGGUUUUUUUUUUUUUAGAAAUAGGAAGAGAGAAGUCUAUAUUUUUUAUUGUAAACUGACGUAUUUCGCGUUAGCUGCACUGCGAGGAGCAUUGCGGGCACUUGACGAUAGUGUUGAGAUGACGACCGUUCACAUUCACAAUUAUUCAGGGACGUAAUUGUUUGGAGAGCGAGGCUCUCGCAGAUGAAAACUUACGCGCCUCUUUGCUUGCUAAUUUCUUCUCGCGAUGCAUGCGAGCGAGUUGAACCUCGGAGGGUACGCACCCUCCUGAAGAUAUGUUAAUUGAUUCUUUUUUAUUUGAUACGAAUGUUGUUGCUGAACAAUAGCGUUUAUUUCUCAAGGUGGUAGAAAAGGUAGUUCACGAGCGAAACGCGAUGUGACAAGUACGAUGCGGGAUUUCGAUCUUGCAGCCUCCUCCUCUCGAAAAAUUAAGUGUUUUCAAGCGGAGUCUUUUUUUUUUAAAUAAUUUUUACAUUGUUUAAGCGGCACUCGAUUAUUGUUACGAGAGCAAGCUGGCUCGAUGAGUGGCAAUGUGCUUCGUCUGACGUGUACAUCCUUAAUUUAGUCCAAGCUCUAAUUGCAACGGAUUUCUACUGGAGUACUAAAUAUUUAUAUAGUCGUGCAUCUAAAAAUCGUGCAUCUUCGUUGACGCAUUUAAACGCGCUGAGAAGUGCCGCCGAAUCGUCGGCGAUUCGCGCACUCGUUAUAUCUUAACGGGUGCGUAAAACACGGCGGGUGAACGAAAUUGGAGGGCGAGUCGGAACAAAAUUAAUAAAUUCGCACGCGCGAGAACGAGGUGCGGAGGUAAAUUCUUUCGGGGAGGCCUCGACUCCAAAAGCGAGCGAUGCGUGCGUCGGCGGGCAAUUGGAGCGAGGGGGGCCUCUUGAAUUCGGAGCGAUUCGAUCUAACUCAUGGUUCGCCGAUCCUGUUCAUCCGCCGUAAAUAUAUGGAGCGUAUCCGGGCGUGCAGGCAGCAAUGCUUCGGCGAUCCAAUAUUCGCUACCGAGCCUCGCCCACGUGGAACAUCGCUCUGAGGUAUCUCGCUGGUGUAUCUUAGAUACGCUCCGUACGUGCCGUACGACUUUGCUGAAAGGUAGUGGAUAUAGCUGCGCUUUUCGAAAUUUGAUUUUUUUUUUUGCGUAGAGGCGACCGCGACGCUCCCGCGUCUCCCUCCGCCUCGGCAAGUUAUCCGCACGCGGCCGACCGGCCCCGGUUUAGAUGCGUUUACCGCGCGUGAAUUGAUGUGUCUAGCUUCGCUGUACGCGCGUAUUUAACUUCGCUAAGAGUGUGCAAUUGGCGAUUGUGUUUUACGUUAGCGGAACUUGCGCGACUUCGCGCCUUAGGCGCGUUAAGAGGCGAGAAUUAAGUGAUACGUGUUUAAGGAUCUGAGUAUCGUAUACGUCGCAGAUAUGAACGGAGGCGGCUCUAUCGGACGACGAGGACCUAAGAGGAAGAUCUCGCGUGAAAGAAGAGUUCAGUACAAUUACGUUACGUUAAGUAGGAGGAUCCUCGCGCUCGUUAGACCCCCCGGUAAAAGAAUUCACCGAACCUCCUCCUCCACGAGGACUUCUUGGUUUUAUCGCGAAGGAGUCCCUCGCGAAAGGGACUCGAGGAUCUCAUCGGUGGAGCGAGAGACCCGGUAUUUUCACGUAAAAGCCCGUAAAGUUAGAGUCGUCUCCCCUCCGGAUUAACAAGAAUCAGCGGUCUUGAAGGAUUCUAGUCAUUAUUAUAACGGAAACAUUAGAUUAUCGAGAUCUUUCUAUCGCUCGUUCACACAGGUCUCUAUGACGGAUCGAAGUUAUUUUUUUAUACUCCUCGAGCGCGCCCCGGGGGCCUCUCUCUCUUCGCGGCCGCGUCAUGUCUUCACAAGACAUCUUCGCAGCGUCGUGAUCCUAUCUUUCUAUCUCUCUCUCUCUCUCUCUCUCUCUCUCUCUCUCUCUCUUUCUCUCUGCAGCCACAACCCCCGACACGUUACACGGACUCUGUUUACACGUUUACGUGCACCACGUGCCGAAGUUUCUUUGCGAACGACUCUCGGGCUCGGUGUACACCUGAAAAGCUCGUUUCCUUUGCCGGUACCGUUUCGCGUCCCUUCUCGAGUGAUUUUUCAAUUCAUCCGCAAUUUCGCGAUCAUGCACAAGACUGCCCUCUCUAAAAUUGGGAGAAAUGUAAAGUAAGAUUUCAGCAUUGCCGAGAGUAGCCGUUGAUAAUGAAGCUUCUAAAUGUACACCGAGCCUCAGCUUCAGCUGUUGAGACAGCGCAUAGACAGUGCCUUAUACACAAAUACCUGGUUUUACAUUUUACGCAUUGACUUCUCCAGAUGUUUACCAUAGACAAGAAUAUAUCUAGCGGUGCGAAGCAUCCGGAAAGUAGCCGUUAAUUCUGUUACCGGCCUCGUGUAAACAUUGUCUUUGUAUAAAAGAGCGCGAAAGCAGCGUUUCUCGACUCCGCGUAAAAUCAGGCGGCACACGUUUGCGUCCCUUGAAGACGAGGAAGCUAAGUUUUGAGAAUGUGGAUCCUAAGAGUCGGGUCCGGGCAUUUCCCAGACUCGCCGAUACCUGUGUUAUAAGUUAAUCGUAGUUUAAGCUUGUUGGAAUCUCGUUUAAUUUGUUACGGUUAUUCCUCCUUAUUGUUGAUACGAACGCUCGGGAAAAAUUCGCGUUAUAAUUUAGCGUAGGCGUUUCUCAGAGCCAACCUCGGAGCGAUUGAAAUCGCAGAUGUAGAGACGCGAUCUUACCGAAGAGAGAACUGCAUAUAUUAUUUUCGGAGAUUGCGAACACAAUAUUUUUUUAAUUUUCUAUUCACUCCGGUCUCGUUUCUUAUUUAUUUGCACGCCAUAUUAUCGCAUUAUCCUAUUUGUUCGCGAUGCCAUACGACAUAAUCUCCGAAGGGUCGAUAUAAUCUUUUACGAUCUUGGGGAAACGCUGAUUUCGACCGCCUGCGAAAUGCGUCAAUAUAUAUCCAAAGACAGAUCUGAAUAUAAGACGUCACCGUUACCGUUGUUGUUGUUAUCAAAUAAAUAAUCUACAUACAUCAGGAGCGACAUCGCAAGCGGGGAUACCUUAUUUUAGCGAGCGCAUUCAAGAGUAUUAUGGCAACAAGUAGUACAAUAACCGAAUACGGCGCGCACGUGCGCGCGCGUGUCUGCAUUUCGUUUCGUUUUUCGAGAGUGACAUUGCACUUGUGCACCUAACUAUUUACUCGUAGGUAUAAGUGAUCGUAAUCAUAGUUGUUGAUCGUAGCACGAAAAUCCGCGUCUAGAACGGAUUGCCUCAUUUAACUCAUUAAUUGCCGUUUAGAGAAUCGCACCGCGGGACGCAGUCAGUGACAAUUUUUAACGCCCUUGAACAAAACGCUGUAGAACGACGUGAUAUAACGAUUGGCACUUAAUGGGUUAAUACGAAGCUACGUACGUGAGAACACAUAAGCAUCCAACACGCGACUAUCGCGGAGACUGUGUCAGGGAUCCUCAAACUCCGCGAAAUUAAUCUGAAUUUACAUUCGGAAAUGUUGCUUGGCAAAAUUGUUGUACACGGUCAAACCAAUUUGUCCCCUUUUUUCAAUAUUUUCUCUUGCAUUAAAAUUUAUUUCGUUAAUUUUCCUUCGUGUCUUUCUUACCGAAGUCAUCAGCACGUAUAAAAAUAUUAAUCUUUUAUACGCGUGCGUAUGCAAAUGCUCUAAUUUUUUAUAUUCUUUGUAAGAUAAUAUUCUUCUUGUAAAAGUAAAAGAAAUAUUAGAUGAUAUAAAAAUAAAAAUAAAAUUGUAAGAGACAAGAUUUGGUGCAAUGAGAUUUAAGUAUCCCUGCAACAGAUAAAUUGCGAUAGGUAUUGCGAUGGUAAGAAAUUGUACAGGUUGACAAACAAAAAAAUGCACGAGUAAAGUAAAAGAAAGGAUCGGGCCAAACGUACUUGGGCAGAAAAUUUCAGCCAACGCAGUGGAAAAGCGUCGUACCACUGGUAGGACGAGGCGUGCGAAGAUAGACGGAGGUAAAAGUGAAAUGAUCGAUGAAGGGACACGUAAAAUUGCUGGGGCACGUAACGUCAGGUACAGUUUGCGCAAAUCGCAGUAAAAUGAACCUCAUGGAGACCCUCGGUCUUACGAGGAACACCCGAAACGCGACCCUGUCUGCGCGGACGUGUUCGAAGUUAAAAGUUCUGACGCAAAGAUUCAGGUAAUUAGUUAUCUUAGAAAGAGAGAUGUAACAGUUUGCAGAAUUUAGUACCGAUAAAGAAUACAUAAGGCAUGGAUAUACUUAUACACGGCGUACGGGAUGCGACACUUUUUACCUGUAAAUUUCUAGGCUCGAUAAAAAUAUAUAACGGAAAAGAAUCUUUCGGCAUUCGUCAAUAUUGCAUCGGACUUUUGUCAAAAUUGAUUCGAAAAUAUAAUAUAAUUUGUGUGAAUGAAAGAAUGAAUUUUACACUUUGCUCCUCUACAAAGAUCGUUCGUGUAUCUUUAUCGGGCUUGAAACAUUGUGGGUGGAACGUGCUGCCAUUCUGUACGCUGCGAUAUCGAGAACGCGCUGUCGCAAAGAAAAAGCUGUUUAACCCUUCGAGACGCAGUUUCAGCCAACAAUUUCGGACUUCCUGGCCGACGGAAUCUACCGUGGUGUUCAAAUAAAAGUCAUACAAAAAAGUGGUUUCACAGUAACGGCAAAAGAUUAUCCGCGCGGAAGGGUUAAUUCUCUCUGAAAUGAAUACAGCGGACGUGUGUUGCAGCGAGUUUAGAAAUUAACCGUAGAUAUCGUGAGACACAGUCGGUAGCACGAAAAAAAAAAAAUAUUGCGUUCUCUAUUCAGGUACGUGUUACGUUCGGUAUCAUAAUUGUGAGCUUGUAACUUAAUUAAAAGAUCGUGUAAGACUACGCUUUCAGAUGUUAUCGCAGUAAAAUGUAAAUAAAAGAAUUUCUGAUGGA